ACUUGGAUUGCUACUCUUUAAUGCGCAAUUCCAAGCAGCAGCUCAACAGAGACAGGAUGGUUACAUUACCCAGUCAACCGGCAAGCAGCUUCACCCUCAAACUGUUACUGUCCAUGGAACAAACUGUGAAGCUGUUGACAAGAUGAAUGAGAUACAAAAUCUGCAGGGAACAGCUCCUGUAAAUGUAGUUGAUUGUAAUGACGGUAUAGCAAAAAAUCAGACGAGUUCUGAAGUUGAAACAUGCAGUAAUAAUGAAGCAGCCAUAACUGAAAUUCUUAUGAAACUUGAAGCUGAUGACGAGAGCAGAGUGAAGUUCUCUGACUUCACUGGCUUACAUGGUGAGCGCAUAUCAGUAGGAAAAUAUAGUUUCCCACCAGCCCUACAUCCGAUUGUGAACAACAUUAUCGAAGUCUACGGUGAUGGUUCAGCAACAAGUAAGAUGAACCCAAGUAUUGCCGAGACCGUUUAUAUCAUGUUCUGUGCAUCUGUCAAAGAGAUGAGCAAUCUACGGCUGGAGCACGUCACCGAGGAUCUGAUAUUGAAGUGGAGGGAUGCAAUCAAAGAUGCUUUACGCAUCAAUUUCAAGGUGGAUUUCGCCAUGGAACAUUUGAAGAAAAUUGCUUGUGCAUACAUCGGUUUAAUGGAACGUCAAAAGCUGGAUGGUGCGGGCUUGAGGAUAUCCAAGUUAGAGGCUGAGUUGAGUACUGCGAAAGAGGAGCAUGCAAAGAUAUGCGAGCAGUCCAAGGUGUUUAUAGAUGCUGCAGAAGAGUUCAACGAUAAGCCUGUCAGCUCUGGAUUCAACUCAGACUCAAUUGGAUAUCCUCAAAGCCAUAUUAUCCAGCUUUCGACACUCCAUUAAACCGAUGUAAGCGCAAGCAAUUUUCUUCAAAUGUUCUACGGUGAAAUCCACCUUGAAAUUGAUGCCUACAGCAUCCUUUGUUGCAUCCCUCCACUUCAAUAUCCGACACUCAGUGAAGCAUAGAACGUGAUAUAGAUCGCCUCGAAAAUACUUGGGCUCAUCUUACUUGUUGCUGAAACACCUCCAUAGAAAUCAAUGAUGUCGUCUACAUUGGAUGUAGAGACGGUGGGAAACUACCGUCAACUACCACAUCGGCCUUUUAUAGUAGAAAAUGUGUGAAUAAAAACAGAGGAAGAAAUUCAUAUGUUACGAAGAAUCAGAUUUUGGUUUUCUUACAGUUUUCCUUGCGAUAACACCCAAGUUAGUCGUACGCUUUGUAUCUUUUGGUUGUUUUGUGUUUUUCUUGUUCACAUUGUAAAAGUCAACAAUCCCGUGAGUAGAAGUCGCACGGAAAAGUGCAACCGCUUCUUUAGUUACAAUAACCAUAAAUAUAAAUAAAUGGGUAAAUUUAAUUAUGCUUC